UCUAGUCCAGUGUCUCGAAGCCGAAAACAUAGCACCACCGAGGGGACUAACUGGCUGUCAACCUAGCUCCCACGGCAGUCAUGGCGGCGCCGUUAGCCCACUUCGAUGAGGACUGGCAGGACUUUAACGAAUUCAAGCCGUCCUCGGAGUCGGCCGACCAGCUGGACCAGCUUAACUCAAAUGUGGGCGAUUCGUCGUCGGGCCUAGACGAUUUCUCAGACCUGGACAACAGUUUCUCGGGGGAGAUCUGCAGCUUCAAAUCGAUGGAGGACCUCGUCCACGACUUCGACGAGAAGCUGACAGUGUGUUUCCGAAACUACAACACCGCGACGGAAAACAUAGCUCCCAUUAAACCUAUCUCGGAGGAUAAUUACUUGAAAGACGACGAAGUGUGGAACGCUUUGACAGAUAACUAUGGCAACGUGAUGCCUGUGGACUGGAAGACAUCGCACACUCGCUCCCUACACCUUCCCACCCUCAACCUCACGGAGCAUGAGAAGUUGGAUAACCAGUCUCUGGAUCUGUCCGACGAUGAGGAGCUGAGGGAGCAGAUGGAUAUGCACUCAAUCAUUGUCUCCUGCAUCAACGAUGAGCCGCUCUUCACAGCUGAACAGGUGAUAGAGGAGAUAGAAGAGAUGAUGCAGGAGUCUCCAGACCCAGAGGACGAUGAGAGUCCCUCCCAGUCCGACUUGUCCAUGCUCUCUCAGGACCUCCACGCCCUGAAACGCUCUGGCUCCAACACCAGCUACGAGGACCGGCUGCGUCAGCUGUCUGUGUCUGAACUGACCGAGACUCUGGAGGAAGUGGAAACAGCCAUUCGCCGCUACAGUGAGGAGCUGAUCCAGGCUCUGGCCCUGCGAGACGAACUGGACUAUGAAAAGGAGGUGAAGAACAGCUUCAUCUCGCUGCUGAUUGAUGUACAGAACAGACAGAAGGAGCACCGCGAGCUGCUGCGCAAGAAGAAGAAAAUCAGAAGUACGACUACAACCGGACCCAACGGCCAGAGGACAGCCAGCACGCACAUACCAGGCACACUCCUCACUUUGGAGGGACUCUCCAAUGUCAUUCAAAAUGGUCUCCGUCAAACUUUUGGCAACACAGGAGGGGACAAACAGUACCUGACCACAGUAAUCCCUUAUGAGAAGAAAGCAGGCUCCCCAUCAGUAGAAGACCUCCAGAUCCUCACAAAGAUCCUCCAUGCCAUGAGGGAUGACAGUGAGAAGGUACCUGCCCUGCUAACAGACUACAUCCUCAAAGCUCUGGUAUGAGAGCAGUGGAAACUGAGUUCUUUGUCCCACGUAAAGCCAAAGGCGAAGCCUUGUGUUUCCAGGACCUUCCACUGGACCACCAGAUGAGGGUUCUGGUAAUCUGGAUGACACCAGAUAAUGGAUUAAAAUCCAAACCUUCCUCCCCAUUUUUCACAACAUAGACUUUCUUUCCUUGUGGCAUUUUUUACUCUGCCAUUUUUGUUCCUAAGACUUUAACUCUAGAUAUAACUCCUUGGUAUGUAUAGUCAUAAUAUUUUAUUGUUUUAUUGCCUGAGUUCUACAGCCCUGUAUAUCCUAACUGCAUGAUGAUCAGUGUUAGUUUGAACACCUCACUUCCUGAUUUACCAGUGGCUCUUGAACGGUAAAGGGUCAACGAAAUAAUGAGGUGUGUUUUUUAAUCUGUGGGCUUCAUCAGCAGGCCUGUGUGAGGGAAAUGCAGUCCAAUCUGUUUUGUAAACUGAAUGCAUUUGCAUCAGUGUAGUUCAUGCCUGAUGGGAAAACAAAUUCUGGCAAAAUUUCUGGAUCUUAAAGUCCCUGGCGAGCUGUGGCAUCAAGUAUAAAUCUUGUUUUUCCUGUUUGGAAACCAUUGUUUUAAUAGCAUUGGAUGAUCAAUUCAUGCUUGCUAAGGAUUGAGAUGAUCAAACCCUUUAAUUUAAAUAUCCAGAUUUGUUGGUUCACCUGUCUUUGCAUGUUGGUUUUGGGUUCGCGCUCAAUAUUAGCAGUUAGUCGAAUGUUAAAAUGAAAUAUUUUGUAUACGAUUAAGUGAAAUUGCACAGUUUUGGGAACUUUUCACUUUUUGAAAAAGGGAAAAAAAA